AUGCAUAAACGUCUGAUCCAAGUACUUGGCUUCUUAAUGUCAUCACUUGGAUGGCUGUUUGUGCUGUGCACCAUGGCCAUGGACUAUUGGCGGAUCACCCAACUAGGAGGCCAAGGAGGCUCCUUCAUCAUCAAAGUGGCCUGGUACUGGUCCAACUUAUGGAAGGAUUGUUUCACCGACUCCACAGCUGUCACCAACUGUAGAGACUUCCCUGUGCUUUGGUCUGUCACCCCUUUUGUCCAGGCAGUACGAGGAUUGCUAAUGUGCGGUUUAACUUUUGGUUUUUUUGCUGUUAUAUUUUGCUUUAUUGGGAUGGAGUGCACUUAUAUUGGUGGAGCUGAGAAAACCAAGGACAAACUGGUUCUUGCCGGAGCAGUGUUUCAUAUCGCUGGCAGUGUGGCAGAUGUUGCUGCCUACUGCUUGUACAUCAACAGGGUUGCCAAAACAACCUUUGCUGGCAGUUUAGAGCCAGGAGUCUUACGGUAUGACCUAGGAACUCCAAUAUUUCUUGGAUUGGUGGGAUGUUUUCUCAUCCUUUUAGGGGCUUUGUUCUACGGUGUGACCGUCUUCCGGGUAAUUGUCCCUGAGAGUAGAGUGGUAUAUGCCUAUGGAGGAGGCACAUACAUGGACCCACACUCCAGAGGCAGAACCCUAUACACCGAAUACUACAGACCCUCCAGGCAGUAUGGAACUUACAUGGGCUCAGGACCAUCCAGCAGCUCCAGCAACUCAAAGCUGUCUCGGACAAUAAAUACAAAAAUCUCAGAAAGAGAUGCAUUUGUGUAGUUGCACAAAGCCCUCUUUUCAUGUAUAGUUUGACUAACAAUCAGCAUAUUGCAAACUGUUAAUAUAAUGAAAAACCCUCUGCCUUCUCUUCAGAGCACCAUAGACAAUUGCAUGUUGUUAUUGCUGUUGUUA